AUGGCAUCAAUUUCAAGUAACACCUCUUUUGAUGAAUCUGAUUUAAAUGACACUGGAAAUAAUUUUUUUGUAACAUUUUACGAUGUGAAUAAAAACAGAUAUAUAAACGACACGGGAAAUUACACAGAGGAGUACCAACCUUUCAUGUUACCCGUGGGUCGACAGGUGCUAUGGUCAAUUCUGUUCUGCAUAAUUGUGGUCGUUGCAACACUCGGAAACUUUGUCGUCAUCUGGAUAGUUGCUGUUAAUAGACGAAUGAGAACUGUCACUAAUUACUUACUAGUUAAUCUUUCUUUGGCCGACGCAAUGAUUUCCACACUAAAUGUUACCAUAAACUUCGUUUACAUGCUAAACAGUCACUGGCCCUUUGGAUACUUUUACUGCAAAUUCAAUCAAUUCAUUGCAGUCGUCAGUAUUUCUGCUUCAGUUUUUACACUAAUGGUCAUAAGUAUAGAUCGAUAUAUGGCAAUAGUUAACCCCUUGCGGCCUAGACUGGGCAAAAGAGCCACACUUGCAAUCAUGACAGCCAUUUGGGUCGGCAGCGCCGUCAUCGGCAUCCCAAAUCUUGUCUAUUUCACAACAGACUUUGACUAUCUGCCUGAUGGUAGUGUAAGGGAAGUGUGUUACUCUGAAUGGCCUGAUGGAUUGACUACAAGAUCUGAAAUCGAAUAUAUUUACAAUGUAAUAUUUAUGAUGGUGACAUACUUUAUACCGAUAAUAGCUAUGACGUAUACAUACGCUAGGAUAGGGGUAGAGCUAUGGGGCUCUAAAUCUAUAGGAGAAAGUUCUCAACGCCAAGCUGAUAAUGUGAAAGGUAAAAGACGCGUUGUGAAGAUGAUGAUUGUUAUCGUAGUAAUAUUCGCAGUGUGCUGGCUUCCGUUUCACGUGUAUUUCAUCAUCACGUCAAAUUAUCCUGAAGUGACAAAUUAUCCUCCCAUACAAGAGAUAUAUCUCGCUAUUUACUGGCUAGCGAUGAGUAAUUCAAUGUUAAAUCCAAUUAUACUCUAUUGGAUGAAUUUUAAAUUUAGAAGAGGAUUCAGACAAUUCAUGAAAUGUUGUUGCGCAUUUGGAGACAAAGACGCCCGUAGACAAGGCAUGUACGAAUUGCAACAUCUGGACAGAUCGCUACAUUCGUAUUCACCUACACAGAAGAAUGGAACCAGUACAGUUUCUGUUUCGAUUCAAAGCUUUAAUAAUACUCCAAUGGAAAAUGAUAACACAACCAAAGUGUGACGUAUAAAUAUAAUUUGAGAUGAGAUGAUUUCUGUGUACAACGAACAAACUUAAACAUA